AUGGAUCUAAUCAAAUACAUCUUUGAAAAGCCCGCUCUCAGUGGACGGAUCGCUCGGUGGCAGGUUCUGUUGUCAGAGUUUGAUAUUGUUUAUGUCACUCAGAAGGCGAUAAAUGGGAGUACUUUGGCAGGUUACCUGGCUCAACAGUCCAUCAAUGACUAUCAUCCUAUGCAUCCAGAAUUCCCUGAUGAGGACAUCAUGACCUUGUUUGAGGAGGAAGUAGAGGAUGAAGACAGGGAUAAAUUGAUCAUGUUGUUUGACGACGCGUCUAAUGCACUAGGCCAUGGAGUUGGGGCAGUAUUGGUUUCCCCAAACAAACAAUAUAUAUCUUUCACGGCUAGGUUAGGUUUUGACUGCACAAACAACAUAGCUGAGUAUGAGGCGUGUGCCCUUGGGAUCCAAGCGGCAAUCAACUUCAAGGUCAAAUUGCUCAAGGUAUACGGGGACUCGGCCUUGGUAAUUCACCAGCUGAAGGGUGAAUGGGAAACCAGAGACCAUAAAUUGGUGCCUUACUAG